GACCACCCCUUCGGGAGCCAAAUGGUCGCGCAGGCCGCUUAAACAAAGUGCAAUAUGCACAACAGUACCGAUCAAAUGCUGUAACACGAGCGUCGUCGCCAUGCCCCACUCCUCCCCCAAGCCUUCCCCUCCUCUCCACCGCAUCGGCGGCAAGCCGGUCCUGGGGGCGGGGGCAUCGGCGGCCGCAGGCGUACCCGUUCGGUGCAUCGGCCAUGGCGUCCCCGCCGUGGUGUCGCGACACCACGAGCACGCGGUGGAAGCCCACCAGUGCUGCUCGGCCUUGGUGCAGCACGUCGCGGCGCCGGUGGCCAUGGUGUGGUCGGUGGUGCGCCGCUUCGACCAGCCGCAGACCUACAAGCACUUCGUGAAGAGCUGCCACGUGAUCGACGGCGACGGUGACGUCGGCACCCUUCGGGAGGUCCGCAUCGUGUCCGGCCUGCCGGCGGCGACCAGCCGGGAGCGCCUCGAGAUCCUCGACGACGAGCGCCACGUGCUCAGCUUCCGGGUGGUCGGCGGGGAGCACCGCCUCGCCAACUACCGCUCCGUCACAACCCUCCACCCGGAGGCCGAGGGGUGCACGGUGGUGGUGGAGUCGUACGUGGUGGACGUGCCGGCGGGGAACACCAGGGAGGACACGCGCGUCUUCGUCGACACCAUCAUCCGGUGCAAUCUCCAGUCCCUGGCGCGCACAGCCGAGAACCUGGCCAAGCGCCCCGGAACAGCCAAGUAAUUUCCCACCCAAUCCAACCCUGUGGCUGCCCAUCUUCUAUGCUUCCACCGCCGCCACCCCUCUUGCAUGCCCACUCGGAAGCAGACGACGACAUCUCAGAACAACUGCUGAGCCCGUCAACAUCGGGAAAUUUUGAGGAAAGAGAAAAGAAGAGAGAAACUCUUCCAACUCGUUCCUAUCUCUUUUUUUUGUCUUCUUUGUUUCGGUCACAUGAACCCUUGCGGAUAAAUGCCUAUGUAGUUCUGUCUAUACAUAAACCCUCCAAGAAAGCAAAACAGAUGUUUCUUGGAAUGCUAGCUAGCUUUAUUUACCUUAGUCUCUCUCCCUCUGCAUUGUGAUCCUGAUCAGUCUGUGCUAUCUUCUCUUGUCAAAAGUAAUGGGUUGUAAGCUUCGGAGUAAUGGAUGUCGAAGCACAUGGGAUGGGGA